GUUGGCAAUCCGUCGUGAUAAGCUAUACGCCAUGAAGCACCUCACCCUUGGCGUAUGCUUGACUGCCCUGGCUGGUGUGGGUUUCGCCGCACCCCAUGCUUCGCCUACUUCAUCAGGCUCUGCAUCUGAGCCAACCGGUGCUACUUAUACAUCGGGGUUUGACAUGACCAAGAGCUGGGCCAAUCUGAGUCCUUAUAAGAAUGCCGACAGCUUCGGCGUAGCCAAGGGUACGCCCCAAGGUUGUGAGCUGUCACAGGUUCAUGUACUGCAUCGCCAUGCUGAGCGGUUCCCCACCAGCAAUCUCUUGGAUGGGAGAGGCAUGGGAGAUUUCGCCUCUAAAUUGGUCAACUAUACCAAGGCCAACCCAGGCAAAGCAGUGGCGAAAGGCCCUCUGAAGUUCCUUAAUGACUGGGAAUAUGUGGUCGGAGAAAACACCCUGAUGGAAAACGGGGCUGCGACUGAAGACGCAUCCGGUGCCAACUUUUGGAUCAAGUACGGCAGGCUGUUGUAUCGUCCUGGUCGUGAUAAUGUGGCCGCCUGGAAUGAGUCCUUGAAUGUAUAUCCUAACGGUACCGCACGGCCGAAGCCCGUGUUCAGAACUACUUCCCAGGGGCGCAUUCUAGAGAGUGCCCGGUGGUGGCUCAGCGGAUUCUUCGGCAAUAGCGGUGCCAAUAGCUCUUACGAUCAGUAUGAUUUGGUUAUCAUUCCGGAGACAGAAGGUUUCUUCAACAAUACUCUCGCUUCAUAUGUUUCUUGUCUUGGUGAUAAGACUGCUGGCGAUGAGUCUGCCCAGGUGUUUAUUCCUCGCUAUACCAAGAAUGCUCUCUCUCGACUUGCCAGAUAUCUUCCCGAUGACUUUAAGCUGACAGCUUACGAUGUCCUCGCAAUGCAAAACCUAUGUAUUUAUGAGCACACCAGUCUAGGAGGGUCAUUUUUCUGCUCCCUCUUCACCGAACAAGAGUGGAAGGACUUCGCCUAUAAUAUUGAUAUCCAGUAUUAUGGCAACUUCGCAUUCGGCUCCCCAACAGGCCGUGCCCAGGGCAUUGGCUACGUCCUGGAACUCGCAGCUAGACUUGAGGGUAAACUAAUCCACUCUAGUGACACUAGUGUGAAUUACACCUACGAUGACAACACUGCUCAGUUCCCCAUGAACCAGCCAUUCUAUAUGGAUAUGUCGCACGAUGAUAUAAUCCUCUCUGUCAUCUCCGCUCUUGGCCUUGAGCAUUUCAAGUACGGUCCCCAUGGUCUUCCAAUCCACGUGGAUCAUGCCCCCCCAAACCGCACAUUUGCUCUUAACGAUUUAACUCCUUUCGGUGCUCGAUUCAUGUCUGAGAUCUGGACAUGCCCCAGCAAUGUCUCUUUCAACACUCUAGACCCAAUCCUCUAUGUCAACCCUCACUUGGAGUCUGUCCAUGAUACAAAGAAAUACAUCCGUUUUGUGCUCAAUGAUGCUCCGCUGCCGCUGGACGGACUCGUUGGUUGUGAGAAUUCUCAGAAUGGUUUUUGUCCGGUCAAUGAGUUCCUGAGCGGUGUCCCGACACUAAAGGAGAAGGCUAAAUACCAGGAGGCCUGUUUCGGUAAGUAUCCUACUGGAAAGCAGGUAGGGGAUGGCGCACCGUACUCAUAGACGGUGAUCUUGAUGGAGCUAUGUUCAAUGCGGAUGAGUAUGCAUCUCGCAUUGUUGAAAUUUAGAUACGGAUCAUAC